AGUAAAUUGUGAUGUCCCAGCUAUCGUCCAACCUACGAGGCUCUGCUAGCUACGUAUGGUCAACGAAUGAUCCUCUCGGGCAGGGAGCCACGGGAGCUGUAUACAGGUGUCGACACAAGCGUACAGGAGAGGUGUUUGCUGUGAAGACCUUUAACACGGUCAGUCACUACCGUCCACUUGAUGUCCAGACCAGAGAGUUUGAUGUGGUCAGGAAGUUAAACCAUAGAAAUAUUGUGUCCAUGGUGGCCAUUGAGGAAGAGCAACAUACAAGGAACCGUAUCAUUGUGAUGGAACUGUGCGACUGCUCUCUGUACAACAUGUUGGAAAAACCAGAGAACGCAUUUGGUCUGGAAGAGGUUGAAUUUCUGGAAGUAUUAAAUGAUGUUGCUGAAGGUAUGAGAUAUCUCCGUGAUCAGAAUAUUGUACACAGAGACAUCAAACCAGGGAAUAUAAUGAGAAGCAUUGGGGAAGACAAACAGUCUAUAUAUAAAUUGACGGACUUUGGUGCAGCUAGAGAGCUGGAAGAGUCAGAACAGUUUGUAUCAUUGUAUGGAACUGAGGAAUAUCUGUAUCCAGACAUGUAUGAGAGAGCAGUUCUACGGAGGCCUGUCCAGCAGCUGUUUGGGAAAGAGGUGGACUUGUGGUCACUAGGGGUCACUUUGUACCACACGGCCACAGGGCACCUGCCGUUUCAACCCUUUGGUGGAAGACGAAAUAAAGAAGUGAUGCAUAAGAUCACAGCAGACAAGGACUCUGGUGUGAUCUCAGGGAUACAGUCUACAGAGAAUGGUCCUAUAGAAUACAGUACAGAACUUCCUAACACAUGUCAGCUGUCAAAAGGACUUAAACUUCUAGUCACACCAUUAUUAGCAGGGCUUAUGGAAAAUACAUCAUCAAGAAUGUGGACAUUUGAUCAGUUUUUUGCCACUGUAAAAGACAUAAUGAAGAAGGUGGUAGUAUACGUUUUCUCCACCGCCACCUGUGAAUGUUUGUCUAUAUACAUCAACAAGACUGAGACGUACGCCAAGUUUCAAGAUGCGAUAGCAGAACAGACUGAUAUCAGAGCAAGUGCGCAGUUUUUACUGUUUCAAAAUCACCAUUUUACCAAAAUAGUGCAAUCAAUGACACUGGUGGAGAGAUAUCCAAAGACGUCACCACAGGAUCCAGUUUUCUUAUAUUUCACCGAUGUGGAUUCAGCAUUAUUCACCAGACUACCAGAAUUGCAAAUACCCAAAUACCCCAAGUUUGGGACCAGCAUCUCUCUUGAGAAUGACUACCCUCUAGCCAAGAAGUGUGCUGGUAAUACAGAGUAUAUAGUAAGAAAACUGAGACUGAUCAAUCUACAACAGGUGCUCCUUGAUAAAGCUAUGACCAUGUACAUACAAAUCAUAAAGUUUGAGAUAUCAGGCUACCAGGAAUCCAAUGUCUUUAUUGUUACCAUGAUAACGGAGACACACAAGCGUCUGCAGACUGCGACAAGGUCUCUGAACAGGAUAGUGCGUGUGGUGCAGGGCUUGGCGUCACUGUGCGGGGAGCAGGCGCCCAAUGAGGUGCGGUUUCUAGAGGAGGAUUUACAGGUUGCAGAGAAUCAGCUUACUGUCCCCUGUCAGGAGGCAGUAAAAUCCACAGAAGAGCUGAAAAGUUACGUCCAUCAGUUCUGUCAAGGUGUAGUCAUAGAUGAUGAGUUGUCUAAAAGAUGGAAAUCAAACUGGGGCUGCUUGGAAACAGAGAGAUGUGUUGAGAAGGGACUGGUCCUGUCAGAGCAGAUCAACAAAACUAUGGAGGAAUUUAAAAGGGACAAACAGUUGAAGAGGUUACCGUACAAUGAUGAGCAGAUUCACAAGUUUGAAAAGAAUAAAAUGAAUGAAAACUGCACCAAGGCAACGUCUCUUGCAAUGGAUCAUUGUUACCCAAACCUCAGAAAAGUUUUCAAGAAAUUUGAAGAAGCUUUCUUGUUUGUCUGUACAUUUAUCACUAAGCUGGGCAAGAUCAAGAAAAGAAUAGACAAUCUUACUGAAAAACAGAGCAGACUGUCAACCAUCUUAGAUGAGAAAAUGGAACAUUGUUUAAGAAAAUUUGAGACAGUUUCUGAUCUUCUAAGCUCUGGAGGAAAAAGACAGGAAACAUCCCCCCUGGUUGGUUCUGCUGUUGCUAAGCAACAAGGUACUGGCUCUAGACCUUCUUCAGGAAAAGCCAAGGAAAGGGAAAACCAGCUUCUACGAGAGAUACAGGAAGAGUUAAAAGCACUAAAUCUUGAUUCUGCGGAAAUACGCCAGGCCUUUCAGGAGAACACUAACCUCGUCAAAGAGUUGGAAAAACUUCAGUUCCAGAACCAUGUUGAGGUACAGUCAGGAUGAUGAAGGCUAUGGUGUGUGGACGUGACGUGUCUGCACACUCCUGUAUAUUACCUUACAUCUUACACCUGUGAACAGCACUGCAGGUGACUCCCUUACUUCAACACCUACAGACCACCUGAACCAAGGUACUGCAAGAGGGACAGGAAUCAACCACACACCUGGAAUUAACACAUGACACACAGCACAUAACAAGAGGGCAUUAGGAACGUACCUCGCCACCAACUGAACAGGAAGAUAUAGGGAUGGGGGCACAAGGUCAGAGCAUAGCAGGGUGAAGGGCAUGAAGAACUGGGAAUAGAAAACAAGAGGGAGAGAGGUAGUGACAGAAAUCGGUGCAAGGUGAUUCCACCGUUCACAGCAUGGUUGACCCUGUAUACAACUAACGCACAGAGAGAUUGAAGACAUGAGCAAUCAAGAAUGUGUGAAAUAACAAUAAAAAUGUCUCUUAAUUAUGUUGAGUUACCAAGCAAAACAGAAUAGUUUUGAAAGAUGGAUCGGUAAGUAUAAAGACAAAUUAAGAGACCAUUCCCACAAAUAUUUGGAUCAAUCUAUUUCCCCUGGGGAGUCUCACUAAAUUGCUAUCAACUUGA